GAUAAACGGAAUGUCAAUGAGUACAACGACCUCCGUGAAUGAUUUUAUGCAAACAAAAUAUAUUAACGUGCAACGCGAGUGUAUCUUUCUGUGAUAUUUGUCAAUUAAAAAAGUUUUAAUAAUUAUUUUCAAGUUUUAGUUGUAUUUUUAUACAUUGUAAAACAAGGAAUACCUAGGGAGGUUCGAAGAUUUCAUUGCAUCAUUCAAAAAUUAGACAAAAUGCCGCCAAUACUGUACAAAGCAGACGCAAGUCCUCCGGCGAGAGCGGUGAUGAUGGUCAUAGACAUUUUGGGAAUAAAUGUUGAACAGAGGAAUUUGAAUCCAGUUUUACGAGAGCAAGAUGCCCCAGAAUUUGUAAAGAAAAACCCAAUGAGAACCAUUCCAUGGUUAGACGAAGGCGAUUUCUGGUUGGCUGACAGCCACGCUAUUAUGAUAUAUUUAAUAGAAAAGUAUGGUAAACCAGAGCAUUCCAAGUUGUACCCGAGUGAUAGCAGAAAGCGUGCGACUGUGCAUCAGAGAUUGUUCUUCGAUUGUGGGAUCCUGUUUCAAAGACUGAGGGCUGUGAUGGCACCUACAUACAUGGGACGGCUGGCGGAGAUGUCAAAGGGCAUGAUCAGAAACAUUAUCGAAGCAUACGCAAUGCUUGAAGGCUAUUUAUCAGAGAACUUGUAUAUGGCCGACGAAGUUAUUACUAUUGCGGAUUUGAGCAUAGCGUCUACAAUGGCAACACUGGUUGGCCUGGUUCCGAUUGACGAAUACAGAUUCCCCAAAUUAAGUCAAUGGUACAAUAAUAUGAACAAACAGGAUUAUUGUAUAAGGAUUAACAUUCCCGGAGGCAAAGAACAUUCCGACGGACUAAAGAAUUUGAUGGAAAAUACUAAGUUUCACCAGAAAUCUAAGAUAUAAAACAAAGUAUAUAUUAUUAUGGUAAGGUUAGGUCCAGGAGAUUUUUUCUAAGAUUUUGUAAAACAAAACAGCAAAACCGUCAUAAGAUAAAAUGUAUAUUUUGUAUCAUUAAUAAUUAAUAAUGUUAAAUAAAUCCAGCUAUUUAUAUUACAAGGUUCAAAGCAGGGUUCCCAAAAACAAAAUACAGUAUAAGAAUCACAGGUUUUUUAUUUCAAUAACUAAAAAGAAAUGCAAAGAAUUUUUCAACUUUACACUCCAGUAACGUCUAAGGCUACCAUAUGGAUAACUUUUCUGAGAAAAUUAAUGAUUACAAAAACGUUACACAGUUAAACAUUUCCUAUAAGUCUUGUAUAGUCUCUCGCGAACGCCCGCACUGUGAGAACAGUAGCACUUAACGAUUACAUACUCGUACAAUACUCGCGAUAUCGUCGAAGUUCCUCAGUCAUACUUAACACAUACAUAAUUGCGUCUCAAUAAUAAACGAACAUCAUAAUGGAAUCAUAAUGCAAAGUUCCACGCAAACUCAUAGUCACUUAUCAAAUUUGGAGUGGUUGUUGUUUGGGCGUUACUGUCAAUGUUGCACGUUUAGUCUUAAAUGUAACGGCAGGGAGGUGGCUUGCAUUAGCCGUCCUCCUUCGGUGGUGUGAACCAUCCUGGAAAUGACACGG